GGCGCCGCCGCCGCCCCUCCGCCAGGCCCCGGAGCUCCGCGCCGCGCCGAGCGGCCCUGCCUCGUCCCCCGGCGCUCUCUGCUGAACCACGGGGCCCUGUGCAUGAAUUAUGUCUGCCACAAGCGUUGACCCUCAGAGACCGAAAGGACAGGAUAAUAAAGUACAAAAUGGUUCGUUACAUCAGAAGGACACAGUUCAUGACAACGAUUUUGAACCUUACCUUUCCGGGCAGUCAAAUCAGAACAGUAGCUAUCCAUCAAUGACUGAUCCUUAUCUGUCCAGUUAUUAUCCACCAUCUAUUGGGUUCCCCUAUUCUCUCAGUGAAGCACCAUGGUCUACAGGAGGAGAUCCUCCUAUCCCUUAUCUCACCACCUAUGGACAGCUCAGUAAUGGGGAUCAUCAUUUUAUGCACGAUGCCGUUUUUGGACAGCCUGGGGGUCUGGGAAAUAAUAUCUAUCAACACCGCUUUAACUUCUUCCCUGAAAAUCCUGCCUUCUCAGCUUGGGGAACAAGCGGAUCCCAAGGACAGCAGACACAAAGCUCAGCAUAUGGGAGCAGUUACAGCUACCCACCCAGUUCUCUGGGGGGUACCAUUGUGGAUGGACAAACAGGAUUUCAUAAUGAUACAUUAAAUAAAGCUCCUGGAAUGAACAGUAUUGAACAGGGAAUGGUUGGACUUAAGAUUGGUGGAGAUGUUACGACUUCUGCAGUGAAAACAGUAGGUUCUGUUGUUAACAGUGCCGGGAUGACAGGCGCCCUCUCUGGCAAUGGUGGAUCUAAUGUAAACUUGCCAGUAUCUAAACCAACCUCUUGGGCUGCUAUUGCCAGCAAGCCUGCAAAACCACAGCCUAAAAUGAAAACAAAAUCUGGACCUGUAAUCGGAGGAGCGUUGCCUCCUCCCCCUAUAAAGCAUAAUAUGGACAUAGGUACUUGGGACAAUAAGGGUCCUGUGGCAAAAGUUCCUGCCCCCCAACAGAUACCUUCUCCUCAGUCUGUUCCACAGCCACAGCAACCAAUUGUUCAGCCUGUUCCAGCUCAGCCUCCUCCAUUGACUCAGCCACAGUAUCAGACCCCUCAGCAGCCACCCCAAAACCGCUGGGUAGCUCCUCGCAACAGAAAUGCAGCUUUUGGCCAAAGUGGAGGAACUGGGAAUGACACCAACUCAGCUGGCAGCACCCAGCCCAACCCCGUUCCGAGCGGUGAGUCCCAUCCUGUCCUUGAAAAACUGAAAGCUGCUCACAGCUAUAACCCUAAAGAUUUCGAAUGGAACCUUAAAAAUGGACGUGUGUUCAUAAUAAAGAGCUAUUCCGAGGAUGAUAUUCAUCGUUCCAUUAAAUAUUCUAUUUGGUGUAGUACGGAACACGGCAACAAACGCCUGGACAGCGCUUUUCGCUCCAUGAACAGCAAGGGCCCCGUGUACUUGCUGUUUAGUGUCAAUGGCAGUGGACACUUCUGUGGAGUAGCAGAGAUGAAAUCACCUGUGGACUAUGGCACCAGUGCAGGUGUCUGGUCUCAGGACAAGUGGAAGGGGAAAUUUGAUGUCAAGUGGAUCUUUGUGAAGGAUGUGCCCAACAACCAACUGAGACACAUCAGGCUGGAGAACAAUGACAACAAACCCGUUACAAACUCCCGUGAUACACAGGAGGUGCCCUUAGAAAAAGCAAAACAAGUGCUUAAAAUUAUUGCUACUUACAAGCACACGACCUCCAUCUUUGAUGACUUUUCUCAUUAUGAAAAGCGCCAGGAAGAGGAGGAGGUGGUGCGGAAGGUAAACUUAUUAAAAAAUUUAUUUUAUACACAGAUAUGGGGAAAAUGAAAUGUGAAGGCUGCUAUGGUGGAAAAAUGUAAGUAGGAAUUCAAAAUGUUUUUAAUACAUCUCAACUUGAUGGUUUCUUGUGUGUUUAACAACACAAAUCUGAUGCAUAUUUCUUUGUGAGAGUUUCACAAGUCAAUGCAUUUCAAAGCAGAAAGCUAAGCAGUAAUGCGGGUAAAGGACUUUAUGUCCAGUUUAUUGGAGUUUGAUUUAUUUUUUUAUCUUAAAAUGGUUAAUAGAAAAUAGUUUCUGUUUCAGAAUUGGGUUCUGCCAGUGAUUGUCACUUAAGUUUUUUGCCUUAAAUACGAGGUGUUUAAACACUGUUUGACUGGAACUGGGCUAUCAAAAUUGAUACCUGUACUGGUAUUUGAAAUUUGUACAUCACCUUUAAGAAUAAGAAACCUGAUUUUGUUUAUUCAGUUUAUCUCUCUGGAAAAGAAAGAGUUGCAUAAUAUUGCUGGAAUAGUGCUAGAAAGAGUGCAUUUAUGCUGCUGAAGUCACGUGUAUUAUUUGGAUAAAUAAAGGUUUUCAGUUCCCAGGUUUAAUCUGUCUACUAAUUCUUGAAGUUUUGAGUGAAGAUGUAGUGAGAGAAGUCUGGGCAGUAAUUGGGAGAGUGUAAUAAAACUUUCCAUACACUUUCAUGGCUCUAAGUCUGCCACAAGGGAUCUCUGUCCCUCUCCAUCCCACUACCUCAGUUUCAAGAAUGCCUUUCUCUAAUUAGGCAGUCUAGAAGUAAUGACCUGACAAAAUAAUAGGUGUCAGCAUGUGUAGUUGCUACUGAAGUAACACUUAAAUUUGCUUGGUCUUGAUAGUGUUUCCUAGACCUUUUUUGUAUAGCAUUGCAAAUACAGCAUUCGUUUGACAGGCUGGUUUAGUUUAGGGUAGCUCAUACUUUUUUUAAGAUGUUUUUAAAGCAAAGACUUAAUGCAUAUUCCUGUGGCUUAAAUUCUAAAAUUGCCAUUUUAAAGUUUUUAUUGCCAUUUUAAAGUGUAGAUAAAAUUACUUGAAACUGUCUUCAUAGAAUGUACCUUUAAAUUAUAUGAGAAAAGGAGUUGAGUGUCUUUAAAACUUUGUGGCUGAACUUUUCCUGGCCAUGAUAGAUGUGCAUAGCUGACCUCAGCACGGCAGGGAAGGACAGCUUAAAAUUGCAAGUUUUUCUUGUAUACUCCCUGUGGGAUUCCACAAAGUAAAACCUAAAGGGCUUUACUUGAAUACUUCAUUCCUUCAGUAGAUAAUUAGCAAUUCAGCAUUUAAUGUGGAGAGGUGUUCCCUUAUGCAGGAGAGAGUCCUGACAAAGUGAGGCAGCCUGGGUUCCUCUGCCCCGUGUUUGUGGUGUAGUGGGGUGUGAUUGGUUUGAGUUUUUAAUUCUCUCUCCCUGUGCUCUGCUGCCAAGGCUGGAGGGGAGAACUGUGGGUGUUUAAGAAGUGAGAGCACAGGGAAAGUGAUAACAGAUCUAGUCCUGCACAGAUAAAUCCCUGGCCUCAGCAGGAUCCCAAUGGUGACACAAAGAACAGAAUUCCUGUGCUUUGUAGGAUCUCAGAGGACUGGUGUUUGACUGUUGAGCUGAUCUCAUUUUGGGUUUAUUUAAUAAACACAACUAAUUCCCACUGUCUGCAAAAAUAUUCUUACCCAGGUUACUGCUUUAUUUAUAACAGGAUCAGUUUUUCAAAAUAAUGCAUUUUCCUUCCUCAUUUAAAACAGAGGCUCUGGCUUGUAUUACACAUUCACAAAAUAACCUAUGAAGUCUAAUUUACUAUUUCUUAGAUUCCCCUGAAUAGCUUAGAAAAUGGGACACCAAAGUACACUGAGGAAGGUAGUAGUGCUAGAGAGCUAAAGCAGAGCAGCAAUGAAGGAAUGAAAAAUAAGAUGCUGCUUGUCAGGUUGCACUCUAUAAAACUUGAUUGGAAAGUCACUAUAUUUUACCCUUCAUUCAUAAAAUGAAUUUUAGAAGUCCAGUUUGAUUACUAGAAGAGUUUGUUUUUUUACAGGAUAUGUACAUACCUAAAGUUCUUAUUGUUAAGACGCUUGUGCUGUUGAAGUUCAAACCUUCCUGUUAACAAAGUUAGUCUUCCUAUGACAGUAAUUUUUGAAGAAUCUUAUUGCCAACAACCUUAUCUUACAACCUAAUUGACAUUUUCAGAUAGUUGUUGGUAUAUGUGCCAUCUUAACUGGUUUUCAGAUUGCUGGGUUUAACUCAUUAUACUCUUCUUUAGCUGUAAAAUCAUUGAAAUUUUGUGCUUCCAUUUCACUGCUGUUCUGAUUACAAAGGGACACAGUUCUUAAAAAGCUGUACAUGGAGAGCUUAAAUGACACAAUUUCAUUUAUACACAAAUAUUUAGUAGAGAAUAAUAAUGUAAUCUGUGCAGGGCAAGCCACUGGCAUUUGAGCUCCUUAAGUGGUUCCAGUUUGUUGCUAACCAGCAUUUCCAUGGCUGCUGUGUGCAGAGCCAGCUCCAGCUUGUGCUGCUGAGUUUAAAUGAUGUAGGAGCCUCAGUGUCAGUGCCAAAUCAUCCAGUGAGGCUUUGGCAGGUACAAUGCUGGAUGAAAUUCUUCCAAGUGCCAAAGAUUGAUCACUUUGCAGCAUUGCUGAAAGAAGGUAUCCCUCCAGAACUGAGAGAAGAUUUGGUCAUGCUGGGAUAGAAGUGCAGCUUUUGAUUUGCCACACUGAAAUACUUGACCAGAAACUGGGAGGGGAUUUGGGUCUGGAAUGAAAUAGCAGAACAGUGAGUGGCAUGAAUUCUCACAUGACCCUCACAGCCUUUUUCAGUCAUUUCCAGAGCUGCUUCUGUCAUCAAAGCCCAUGCUCUGAAAACUGUAAAAAAGUUGUGAUAUGUGAGAGAACUUCUUUAAAAAAAUAGAGUAUAAUGUGGCAUUAGUUAUUAAUAUUUCCUAAAAGCAUGCCAUCAGAGCCUUAACAAAGUUGUUUUCCAAAGUUUAAAAGCUUGUGAAGACAAACUUGUUGCAAAUCUUGGUACUUUACAGGUGACAGAUGAGCUGUGAGCAGCUCAGGCUCCCAGAUCUGCACCACAGCAGAUGGUCCCAGUUGCUGUGCUGUGCUGCUGUUCUGUCACCUCUGAUUCAGGCAAGGCACUCAGCUCUACACCUUGGUGUUGUGUUGGCAGAGCUGCACAGUCUCAGAAAGCUCCUGAAUCACCAAGAUUACCAGUUCUGCUUUAGGUGAUUAAAUACUGAAAAGUGUUGGCUGGUGUGUGUUGCUACUUGGAAAUACUCAUUUCCUCCAAGCACUGGGUGAUUCCUUUCAGUGAUGAGCUUUCUGUGAACACAGUCACUGAACUUAAAAUUAUGGAAUAUUGUCCUUCCUCCAAAGCACUAGUUAAAAAACAUAUUUUAAGAUUAAUACCAUGUUCCUGAGAUAAAGAAAACAUUUCUAUUUUUGUGUCUGAAGAUGAAUGCUUUGAUCCCACUGACUUUAACCAAGUUUAGUAGGAAAGUUGAAGCUACUUUAGCCUGAGGUGAAGAGAACAGAAGUUUGACAGGGAUGAGUGUCUCCAAGGUGGAAAUCACUGCAAGUUUUGUGGAAACCUAUUUUCCCUGUGUCUGAAGACCACACAGAUUAGUGUCCUGAAGGAGAAGUGUGCAGCUGGAGCUCUCCUGUGAGAUAUCAAGAGUAUUCCACUGGAGAAGAGAAGCUGAAGGCUCCGGAUCUUCAGAACCGAAAUGAGCACAGCUUUGUUAGCUGCUUACAAAACUGUUCUUGCUUGCAGUAGUGCUAAAUAGCAGUAAGGAAGAGAAUUUGAGAGUUAGAGCUUCUAAAAAGGAACCAUGCUCAAGAGCACGAAGAAUUGUUGCAUCAGUUUAUGUGGUUUCAGACAUUUUUAAAGAGGAAGACUCAGAUUAGCCCCCAAGAGAGAAAGCAAAAAGCAAGGUAGGAGGAACUGCUUGGGAACUUGCUCAGUAAAGAGCACUUUUUUCUGAAUUAGAGUCUGAGCUGAGUUUCUGAAUGCCAUGAGCACUUCAGGUGGAUGUCUCAGGUGCUAGCCUGCCUCUUUUAUGUGGGGCUAGUCCAUGAGAAUGGAAAACUUCCAUUUCUAAAGAAAGUGGAAUUAGGGAGGUCAGUGGAUGACUACACAGAAAACUAAAAAUAAAUCCAAUAAAUUACAUGAGGUGGCAAUGGGAAAGAGUGGGCUCAUGAACAUGGUAGGGCUGUAAAGGGGAUGUGCCACCUUGGAAAUGGAAGUUGGAAAGAGGAUGAAACAAUUACUCUUUUUGGAAGCCUGAAAAUGGAGUUGAUAUGAUUCAGUUCUAGAUACUUUGUAGCCACCUUUUGUUUGAAAUGUCAGGCAGACAUAAGCUCUUUUUAUUAAGAACAACAUGUAAUGUUCUGAUACUCUGCCGUUAGGAAAUGGCUUUUGCUGAUAAUUCAUCAUAGUUGAGAGUUAAAAGACAGGAGGAAUAGAUUUUUAUAAUAAAUUCUAUCACUUUACACAGCUUGUUUUGUUGAUUUGGUAAAACAACUUGGCUAUCUCUUCUGUCUUAAAUUAUAUAUUAAUAAUUCAUUCUGAAUUUUGCUGACUUAAUUUUAUUAUGAAAAUUAAAAUAUUAACAUUCUGCCUGGAGGCAGAAAUCAAUAUAUUCCGUUUUUAAAAAUCUCUUCUGAUUUUUAUGCUUUUAAGCUGAAGCAGCAAAUGCAGUUGUUACAUUUACAAUGGUUGGUAUAUUAGCAAGUAAGCUUUACAUCACAACAGAAACAAUUCUGAGAUGAACUUUAUACAGAGUGAGUCCACAAAGCAAAAUAUGAAGGUGUUAGUUCAGGAGAUGGCUGGUGGUAGUGCUUAAGCUAGUUCAUAAUUUCCUUUGGAAUAGGAUUUGGUGCCAUGUUGAUGUGUUUAAGUACAGAAUUGAGUCUUUCCAUGCCACUUCUGCCCUGUAAGCAGUAAAAAUGGGAAGGCUGAGUCCUUUCUGUUCAGUGUGCAGUGCUGCUCUGGCUGGAGGAUGCACAGGACUAAGGCACAGCAGCCUGGUUCUGUCCUGCUGUACUUGCACAUUCUGCGCUUGUGGGGCUCCUGGGACCCUGAGUGAGGAAGUGCCCUGUUCUGCUGGGCACUGCUCAGGUGUCUAUGGAGCCCUGUGCUGCUGGGAGGGCACAGGGUCACUGAUAUGUAGCUUGCUGCAGGCAGCCCCCAGCUCUAUCCCUUAGGUGACCUUUACUGGCUUCAGUAUUUGUGAUUAGCAGAAACUUGGGGAAAGGCUCAAAGACCCUCCCAGCAGCACUUUGGGACACCCUUGGUUGGUCAGUUCAGCUGUGCUGGGUUUUAUCAGACUAUGUAGAAACACAAAACUUUCCUUCUACCUGAUGUUGUUUCUAUCUAUCUCUUACCCCCAGGUAUUUCCCAGUGCUUCCCAGAAUAGUUGAACCUGUAGGAAGAAUUAGGGACAGAAUUUCUCGACAGCUCAAAUCUCUGCUUUUACUGAAUGUGACUAAACUCCAAAGUCAUUUGAGUGCUUCAAAAUUAGACCAGUUCUGUGGAGUUCACUAAUCUGCCAUCUGCUUUCUGCUCGUGUAUUGGUUGUGCUACUACUGCAGUAGCUAAAAUAAUCCAGAAAGUAGAAUAUUGCAGAUCCUGGUUCUCCUUAGGAGUGUUGAUAUUUUAUACCUUUCUGUCUCUGUGACCUUGGUUUGAAGUGACUGCAGGUAUUCAUCCAGAUGUUCCACCUGAGACUGCACUUAAAAACAUUAAAUUAUCAAGUCCUUGGGUUAGUUGGGUAUGCACAGUAUAUUUAUAAAAUGUAGCAGCAUUGUUUUAAGCGUGUAAUUAUCUGGGAUCACAUUAGUUCUGUUAAACUACUAAAAACUCUGCUUGUUCC